UAAAUCAAGGCAGCAGGUUCCUGACAGACCUCAGAGGGAACUGUCUGACCGUUGGAGCCAUUUCUUAGCGAACUCCAGCUCUGUCUGUAGGACGCUGAAAAGCCAAGAUGAAGACCCUGCUCUGUCUGACCGUGCUCUCUGCCAGCCUGGCUGUCUGCCACGGAGCCUGCUUUCUGAUGAACAACAAAGUGCAGAUAAAAGAGGGUGAACUGGUGUUUCCGCAAGCGUGUUUGGAUCCUUUAGAUAAAAGUGAGCACCCAGUUGGAGCCACCUGGAAUUCCCGUCACUGCCUGAGGUGCACCUGUGAGGGCAUGACCAUGUCAUGCUGUACAAGAUAUGGCGGCGUCGUGAAGGCCCCCGAAGGGUGUGAAGCAACCAUUGAUGAGGAGCAGUGUGAAUAUAAAUUCCAUAAGAAGAAUGACCCCUUUGCGCCAUGCACCCCAUUUUAAAAACAUGCCGUUUCCAGCAGGGGAAAGUAAAUAAAUCGCAUGUUUGCAUCUGA